CGGUGUCCCCCCCCACACACACCUUGACCACCAGCCCCCCAACUCGCCGCCAUGUCUGGGGUGCAACGUAUGAAAGUGGCCAACGAGAGGCACAGCAAGAGCAUCACUCAGAGGGGGGGCCUCCAUCGGGCCCCGACACCCCAAGAGGAAAAAGCCCCCGUUGGCCCCUGGCUCCUGGCCCUCUUCGUCUUCGUGGUCUGCGGAUCAGCCAUCUUCCAGAUUAUCCAGAGCAUCCGACUUGGAGGUUAAAGGGGAGAAGACGGGAUGCUUUUCCUACCACCACCACCAAUCCUCCUCUCAGGGAACUGUGGGAUCUUUUCUGGACCUCCCAAUUUACAGCCAUGACAGUCUUCCUCUGCCUGCUGCCAAGACCUAGAUCUCUCCCUCCCUGCCUGCUCUCGUGAGAACCCCCUAACCGAUUCCCUCCGCGCUCUCUGUCCCUUGAGCUGUUGACCACUUUGGAGGGACGCUGGACUGGACGGGGGCGAUCUGUCUUCUCUCCCCCUCGCCUCGUGGAAGCGUGGGACUUUUUCCUUUGGAACUGAAACGAUGCGUUGCAACAAGGAGGAAGGUCUACAGCCGGUUUGCAGUGUUUGGGGUUGGGGGUUGGGGUGAGGAGUUGGGGAGGCUUGUUCCGGAUCCCAAAUUCUUCUCAACCCGUUAUCAACCUGCAGUUCAUUCUCCCUCACCAUUCCGGUCGAGCCGCUGAAUAAACAAAUAAAAUCACCUUGUCGGAAUCUUUGCCACAAACCAAGUAAUUCCAAAUUUCUUAAUAAAUAGUGUCACCAUAGA